UCACUCGCCUACGAUAUCAGUAUUUGAAGGAUUCCACGAUAUCACUUUCCUAGUUUCCUUAAUAAAUACCAACAUUACAAGUGAUGAAGUUACACAACCCCCUUUUCUGUUAUGUCUCUCAUCUGUCUCUAACCCAGCAGUGACAGAGAGUCAGAGACAGACACACACACACCCGAACAAAACAACAUGGAAUUGCGUACCGGUUUUCCGUUACUGUUUCAACAAUACAAGGCGUUGUUGAAGAAGAAUUUGUUGCUGUCGUGGCGUUACAAGAGGGCGAGUCUCCUUCAACUCUUGUCUCCUCUCAUAUUCAUAUUCCUCAUCUUCGCCAUUGAUAAAGCCAUUAAGACUCAGUAUUCAAACACCUCUUCUUACAAGAGCGUCACCGAUCCUAAUCCACAACCCUCUCCUCCUAUCCCUCCCUGCGAGACCAAGUUCUUCGUCAAGCUUCCCUGUUAUGAUUUCGUGUGGAGCGGUGAUGAUAAUCCCAAGUUUCACACCAUUGUUGACCGUAUCAUGAAUAACAACCCAGGCAGGCCUAUAUCUCCCGCCAAGGUUAAAUCCUUUAAGGAUAAAGGUGAAGUGGAUGCGUGGCUUUUCAGUAAUCCUAUGUAUUGUCCAGGGGCUCUACAUUUCAUGGAAAAAAAUAACACUGUUAUCAGCUAUGGUGUACAGACAAACUCAACUAAUCUUCAGAGGCGAGGGAAAUAUGAAGACCCCACUUUUGCGUUUCAACUCCCUCUUCAGCUUGCUGCAGAGCGUGAAAUUGCCAGAUACCUUAUUGGUGACCCAAACUUCAGCUGGAAUGUCUUUUUGAAGGAAUUUGCUCAUCCAGCCAUGAGCCCCUUCUCUGCAGUGGGUUCAAUUGGUCCAGCAUUUUUCCUUGCUAUUGCCAUGUUUAAUUUUGUUCUUCAGAUGAGCUCUUUGGUGACAGAAAAAGAGCUUAAACUUCGCCAGGCAAUGAGCAUGAUGGGCCUUUAUGACUCUGCUUACUGGUUAUCCUGGCUCACCUGGGAGGCAGUUGUUACACUCCUAUCAUCCCUUCUCAUAGUUCUCUUUGGAAUGAUGUUUCAGUUUCGCUUUUUCUUGAAAAACAGUUUUGGGGUUCUAUUCCUUGUGUUCUUCCUGUUUGAACUCAAUAUGACUGGCUUAGCCUUCAUGUUAUCGGCUUUCAUUCGUAAAUCAUCUUCAGCUACAACUUUAGGCUUCUCCAUAUUCAUUAUAGGCUUCCUGACUCAGCUUGUUACACAAGCAGGAUUUCCUUACACAACAAGCAUCUCCAAAACUUUCCGGAAUAUCUGGUCAUUAUUCCCGCCCAAUCCUUUUUCUCAAGCUCUACAAGUGCUUUCAGAUGCGGUUUCAACUCCUGAAGAUGAUGGUCUUAGCUGGAGUAAACGGGGAGAAUGCGCUCCUAAUGAUGAUAACUGUGUGAUAACUAUUAAUGAUAUUUAUAUAUGGCUUUUGGUCACGUUCAUACUAUGGUUUGUUCUGGCCAUCUACUUCGACAAUAUAAUUCCAAAUGCAUCAGGGGUGAGAAAAUCAAUGCUAUACUUUCUAAAUCCCGGUUAUUGGAUGGGAAAAGGAGGACAAAAAGUAAAAGAGGGCAGGAUUUGUAGUUGCAUAGGUUCAGCCCCACAUCAAGAGCAUAGUACACCAGAUGAUGAAGAUGUCCUUGAAGAGGAAAACACAGUAAAACAGAAACUAACAGAAGGUGUGGUUGACGCAAGCGUUGCUGUUCAGAUACAUGGCCUUGCGAAGACAUAUCCUGGUGCACGGAACAUUGGUUGCUGUAAAUGUAAAAGAACUCCUCCUUACAAUGCUGUUAAGGAUUUAUGGGUGAACCUCGAAAAGGAUCAGUUAUUUUGUCUUUUAGGACCCAAUGGAGCUGGAAAGACUACAGCUAUUAAUUGUUUGACUGGGAUAACUCCAGUAACUGACGGAGAUGCAUUGAUUUAUGGAAAUUCUGUCCGAAGCUCCACUGGCAUGUCAAACAUUCGAAAGCUUAUAGGAGUAUGUCCCCAGUUUGAUAUCCUAUGGGAUGCGCUGUCUGGUGAAGAACACCUCCAACUAUUUGCUACUAUUAAAGGCCUGUCCCCAACUUCCAUACAAUCAGUAUGUAUGCUUAGGCCUGAAAUCGUUCUACUCACAGAAUCAGCUAAAGUGAGAGCUGGAAGUUAUAGUGGAGGAAUGAAACGUCGUCUCAGUGUUGCAAUUGCCCUUAUUGGUGACCCUAAAUUAGUCAUUUUGGAUGAACCGACAACUGGUAUGGAUCCAAUAACAAGGAGGCAUGUGUGGGACAUAAUUGAAAAUGCAAAAAGAGGACGUGCCAUUGUUCUUACAACACACUCUAUGGAAGAAGCUGACAUUUUAAGUGACCGCAUAGGAAUCAUGGCAAAGGGAAGGCUUCGAUGCAUUGGCACCUCAAUCAGAUUGAAGUCACGCUUUGGUACUGGUUUUAUUGCUAAUAUCAGCUUCUAUGGAAACAAUAUCCAUCACAGUCCUCCCAACGGAGAUGCAAUUUCCACAGAACAGCGCGAUGCAGUGAAGCAGUUCUUUAAGAAUCAUUUAGAUGUAGUGCCAAAAGAGGAGAACAAUAACUUUCUAACUUUUGUGAUUCCUCAUGACAGAGAGGCGCUUCUGACAAAUUUUUUUGCGGAGCUCCAAGAUAGAGAAGAAAAAUUUGGCAUAUCUGACAUCCAGCUGGGUCUAACAACUCUUGAAGAAGUUUUCUUGAAUAUUGCAAAGCAAGCAGAGCUAGAAAGCGCUACAGCUGAAGGGAGCCUAGUGACUCUGACCUUAACAUCUGGAGAGUCUGCGCAGAUUCCUAUAGGAGCUAGGUUUGUGGGAAUUCCAGGAACAGAGUCUGCAGAAAGCCCCACAGGGUCUAUGGUAGAAGUAUACUGGGAGCAAGAUGACACUGGUGCUCUAUGUAUUUCUGGCCACUCGCAGAAAGUUCCAAUUCCUCCUGGCGUUGAACUAUCAUCAUCUCCUGCUGCAAGGCAACGUAGAAACUGGCGCCGGUCAGCGCCAGUUCAUGGGGUUGUGAUCAAUCCCAGUCAAGUUAGUUCAGUCAAUUUUCAGUGAUGGAUGUCCUAUGUUUUGGGAGAUGGUGGAACGUACAUAUUUUUUUGUUGCGGUUUGAUUUGUACAUGUUUUUAGCAGUUGGCAUUGGCACCGUGUUGGACUUGCAUAUAGAAUUUAGUCAUUUCCCCCCAUUUUAUAGAGUAUUUUUAUGAUGUAUAAUUAGGUUGUUAAGUUUCAACUAUUUAUGACUUAUUUUUCUGUUUUAUAUAUUUAAAUUAAAUAAUGAAUGUUGACACUACGU